UAAAAGCGCACGACUCGCACGCAACAUCAGUCGGUGAAGUAACCAUUAACCAUGUCUCACACCAGUUUCACAUUCCUUGUGAUUAUCGGAGUGCUUUGCAGUAUGACUGUCGCACAGAACCCCUGUCCACCAAAUCAAGAAUGGACCACUUGUGGAACGGCAUGUCCACCUACUUGCAGCACCUCAAGGCCUCAAGCUUGCACUCUGCAAUGUGUGAUUGGGUGUCAAUGCAAACAAGGAUUUCUGCUCAAUUCCUCAGGAGCUUGUGUACUUCCGUCAGACUGUUAAAAAUCGAUAUGUCCUUAUUGAUAACAGCUGACGUAUUUUGAUUAAUACUUUUUGUAAAAAUUUUUUGAAAAAAAUUUCAAUUAAAAAUGAUGUAUAUCAGUGAUGGUAUUAAUAUAUGUUAGUUACGAUGUGAUAUAAUUGUUCUUUGCUUAUUAUAUUUAUUGAUUAAUGAUAAA